CUUUCCAUGUCAGAUACCAAACAUAUUCGAGAAAAAAGCACCGAGUUAUUACAACAUGCAUUAAAUAAUAAUGAAGCAUUAGCCAAAGAUAUUGAACGAGCUAUCUAUAAUAUACAUUCGAAUCAUAUGAAUACAGAUUAUAAAAAUGCCAUACGAUCACACGUUUUGAAUUUGAAAGAUACAUCGAAUCCCUUAUUAAAAGAAAAUGUUCUUCAACGUGUCAUUGACCCUGUAGAAUUUGCUCAUAUGGAUGCUAAUGCUAUGGCCUCUUUGGAUCGUCGUCAAACCAACGAAAUCUUACGUCGUUCUUCACUUUUGGAUUCCCUUGAUACCGAACAAGUUCAACCUAUGAAAAGAGAUUUGGAUGAUCCUGAUAGAUAUAAUCGUUGAAUAAUAAUAAUAAAAAAAAUGAUUCA